CCGACCCUGAUGUCAAAAAGUAUAUGCGUCUCAGCUUACUUUAUCGAAUACCCAUAGAUGGAGAUCAGCCUUAAUUUUCAAUGUAGAUUGUGAUAUUUUAGUUGUAAAGUAAGAAAACAGCUAGUCAAUGUGUUGCUCCCCCUCCCUCCCAAUCCCCCGUUCUCCCUCCGUUAGCACCUGUGGGUCGUGUCCGCGUCUUGGCUCCCUGUCCUCAGCCACCACAGGUUUGGACGGCGCCCUUACACCUGCCACACGCAUUCAAGCCUUCUCCGCCCGCAGGUGGCUCCAGUAUAAAUGUCCUUAAGUAGGGAGGAGCAGGAGCUCCGCUGUGUGUUGAGUUGGUUUGCAAACUGGGAAGACCAGCAGAGAGAGCAAUUCCUAAAUGCCUUGGUAGAGAAAGCUGUUCCACCGGACAUUGACCAACUAUUCCAAGGACUCAAUCAGCUAACUUUGAAUAGCAGCUGCCAUUCACUCCUCCAGUGCCAGCUCCGUUUGUUCUCUCAGUGGUUUGAUUCUUGGACCUGCCAUCUUCGCAACGUACUUCUCUGCAACCUGCACUGUUACGACCCUAAAUUUGUUGAAAAAUUUCACAUUCUUGUUAACCAGAAGUGUUCCACAGAAGACCAGUGUUCUUCAGAGAAAAAAAUGUGAAAGGCAUUUUUAACUUAAAUUAUUUGUCAUAAACAAUCUUUGUUCCAAUUGAUAAUUUUUCUGUUGUUUGUUGACAUUGCGAUCUAUUAACAAAAAUGCCACAACAACAUACAACUGCAGACCAAGUAAAUUUUUUAAGCCAGUGGUUUAUGUCAUGGUCAGAAAUGCAGAGGGAAGAUUUCUUGCCUGUACUGACACAAGCUUAUCAACCUAAAGAUAAUCUGAAUGGCCUUGUUGGAGGUUAUGAGUCCCUAAGCUCACAAGGCAGAAGACCAUCUCUCUUUGACUGUCAGAUGAAAUUGUUCCAUGAAUGGUUUGGUGCUUGGACUGAGACUGAGCGGCAAACUUUGCUGGAGCAUUUACGGGAGGUGGAUCCAGAGUUUAUGCAUCAAUAUGAGAAAAGGUUGAAGGGUGAGGCUUCUCUGGAAGAGGCCACACAGCCUGAAUGUGCGGGAGAUGAAGGCCAUAAUCCUCCCAGUUCUCUCAGCUCACCACCCAGUACCUUGCCACGCUCCCACAGCCCCCAUGACUCAGGCUUGGAUGAACCAUCAACAGACACUGAGCAUGCAGAACCUCAGAGUCUUGACUCAGGUCAUGAUAAAGAGGACACAACCCCUACUGGUAAUUCUGCAGUGGAUGUCUCCACACCAACUGUAGGGAAACCUGAAACAAAUGUUACUACUUGUAAAAAUGAUGAUCAGGAUAAGGAUGUGUACAAUAUGGAUGACUUAGCAAAUGGACUUCAUGACUCUCAAAAUAUUACAAGGGUAACUGUGCCAGGGCCUGGUGAGAUGGCUUCACCUGCUGCUUGUGAGGCAGUAGCUGAGCACUGAUUUUUCAUGGUUAAAACACAACAUAUUCAUUGACAUUGUCAUAUUUUGUUUUUAUUUAUUUAUUUUUAACACCGCAAAAAUCUUUUGUUUUUAUUUAUUUAUUUAUUAUUUGUUUUACUCCUUGGAAGUCUAGUUGUGUAUGUUUUUUAUAACUGAAUGUCCAAGACAUUCCUUAAAAAUUAUUAAUAGAAAUGCUUUCACCAUCAUAUUUAGUUAAAUUAUUACUUUGAUAAUGUCUUGAUGCUUUGAUUAUUAGUUCAAAGCUGACUUCUUUGUUGACCUGGAAAUGUUAAUUAUAUGCAGGGGUAACUUAGAUUCAAAGCAGUUGAUAUAUACUAGUAAAUAACAGCAUAGUAUAUAUAUAUAUAUAUAUAUAUAUAUAUAUAUAUAUAUAUAUAUAUAUAUAUAUAUAUAUAUAUAUAAGAAUUGAGCAUCUUCCUAUUAUAAUGUAUUGUUUAAACCAAUAUCUAUUCAGUAUCGAUAACCAUCAGUGACAUACCUGUACAAAUGAACACAGCAUGUAGCUAUUAUUAAGGAUGGUUGCACCAGGAGGGUUCCAGAUGAUAAUAGUUACAGUAUUAACAUUUCAACAAAACAAUCAGCAGCAAUAGAUUGAAAUAGUAAUAUCUUGGUUUAUGUAACCAGAACAUUGGCAUGUAGCUUUUUUGGGAUCAUUCUUUUCUGGGGAUACUAUCAUGUAUAUGUUUGUUUAAUUAUUUGAAAUAUAUAGAUUGAAUGUUGAGAAACUAAGAACUAGGAGAGUGAAGUGUAGGAUGCAAGUAGAAGACCUUUAUUGAGAGGAUAAAAAGGUAACUAUGCAACAAAAUGGGAAAUGUCUAUUAACGGAUAUGAUAACUACACUUUUACAAUGUGCAAGUGUCAGAGUGUUGUGUUGGGUGUGCUUUUUCAUCUCUUGAGUCUCAAAAUUAUUCCUGUCCUAUUCACUGGGAUGCAAUAGCUGUGAUUUUGCACUUACUAGCCAUAAGGAUUUACUAAGCGGCUUAAUCUCAUAAGACUGCUUUUCUCAUUGAACAAAUUCACUUUGCAGCCUUGCUUAGUAUUGGUAGCAACUGUAAAUUAGAACUAAUAAGCCAAUUCAGAUGCCUUGUGUUUAUUUGUUUUAUUUGUGUGAAAUCAUAGCAAGCAGCAUGACAUGAUGGCUUUUGCUUUCUGACUGAAAUUUAUCAGUGAAUAGAACAUAACUAGAGGCUGCCGUGGUACAGUGGGGCUGCGUGUGAUUUGGGGGCACAAGAUCCUUAAGUACUUGGGUUAGGUAGGGCAUCCAUUCGGGGUAACAGUUCCCAUAUACCAAAAGUCCUCUGCAAGGAAGCACAAUUCUAUUCCUAAUACUCUAGGGAAACUGUACGUAAAAACCAGCAAAAAAAGUUAAUAGAACAUAACUAUUAUAUAGUUGAUAUUGGUAGCGAAGAAGAUAACAUGGAGUUGAGUUAUACAUAAAGUGUAAUUAGAAGGAAUGUUUUUUAAGUUAAGAAAAUGAGAUCGUUAUAGUUGAAAUGACUGGCUAAGAUUUUGUCAUUGGAAUGAGUUUUAUCAGUUAAUUUAUCUUAACACAGUAUGGUUGUUAUGGGGCAAGUAUGUUCUUCAUAUACUAAUGGCUCUAUUAUUGAAAAUAUUUUGCUUGGGUAUUACUGUUGAGGUCAUUUACGUAUUAGAAGUAUGUGGACAUCAUGACCUGUUGUGGCCAUAUUGUGCAUGUAAUUGGUUGUGGAUUCACUGCUACCAUCAUGCUGUGAUGUUCACAUUUUUCAUCAUUCUUUAAUUUGCUUGUAAUUGCUCUUGCCAUGUUUAGAAAUGGUUAGUUAUUUGACAAUCAGUGUAGGGUGUUUUUUUUAUUGUUCAGGCAUUUAUGUGCCUUUGUACGGUAGAGGAAUUAAGUUUUAUUUUUCCUUAGAGUUAAUCAAAUGGAUUGCAUUCCAUAUUUGUUACUUCUCUUUAGUGAAAACCAAUAACCUCUCUGUUCAUGCGUCUCACACACACACACACACACACACACACACACACACACACACACACACACACACACACACACACACACACACACACACACACACACACACACCCGGUAGCUCAGUGGUUA